AAAAAAAUUAAUCGAAACUUUAAAAGAUUGCUAAACAAAUAUUACAAAUACGGAAAAUUGUCCGGGGUUAAAUUGGUUUUUUAUAUAAAAUACCCAAAUAAGGACGAAUUUAUCGUUUUCGAAUCGGAAAAAUACAAUUGCGACGGAAAAAUCACGGAAAAGAAAAUUUCAGUAAAAUUGAAAAUUUAUAAACCAAACGAUAUCGAAAAUAUAUUUAAUAUAUUAUAUAAAAAAAAGGUGUAA